AUGGAGGGCUCCUCCCAUAAUUCCCUUAGUGAAGAUGUGUUAGUUGGAAUCCUGGCGAGAGUUCCCGUAAAAGCUUUGCUCCGUCUUCGGAGCGUAUGCAAAUCAUGGAAGUCGAUGAUAGGCAGCCCCGAAUUCAAUUCCUUGCACCUCUCCACAAACCGCCACUCCUCCAAAAUCUUGCUCAUCGCACGAGACCGUGAACAGUGUCGCGUGGGUAGACCCAAAAAGCGGUGCUUUGUGCUUAACAACGAUGAAAAUCUCCCUUCCGACCCUUCCUGGUUGACCCCUUUGGAUUUCCCCUUCGAAUACCCAGACUGGACCUCUCCCCACAUAGUCGGCUCCAUCAAUGGCUUGAUAUGCAUAUCCCAGUCCCUAUCCUAUGACUCGGACGAUGCGCAACCCAACCUACCCAUCAUACUAUGGAACCCUACCGUCGAGAGGCACGUCUGCGUACCUGACCCAACCUUCAGUUUGGCAUAUAACGCGUCCAUCGAGUUCGGAUACGCCGCUGCCACAGACGAUUACAAAAUCGUGGUCGUUAGGCAAUUAGGCGAGACUAUUGCCCCGGAGUUCCACGUCUAUUCAUUGAACUCAAACGCAUGGCGCGGGGGUUUCGAGAUGUGCCCCCCCACGGCCGCCCGUGUGAGGAAAAGAGGGGACCGUCGAGUGUUUGCUAGCACGAGAGCUUUCGUGGGAGGCAAGAUGCACUGGCUCGUUAGCAAUGAUUUUGUGAGGGAGCCAUGUUACAACACCCUUUACACGUUCGAUGUGGCGGAGGAGGUUUUUGCUGAGGUGGGCUUACCUGAGGAGGUGAUUAAUCCGCAUCACAAACUACCCGAGGUUGCUGUAGUGGAGGACUUAUUGCAUGUGGUGCAGUCCACGCCUAUCGGUUGGACAAUUUGGGUGAAGAUGGAGGACGCGGGAUGUUGUGAUGUGUACUGGAAGAAAUUGUACAGAGUUGAUGUGAAUGUGAAUGCUGUGUUUGUGUGUCUUUUGAAGAAUGGGGAGUUGGUGAUGGACAAGAACCCUGCGGUCGAUGUUGCCUUAGCGGCAUAUGAUUCCAGGGAUGGCAAGUUUAUUAAGGACUUGGAGCCCUUGUCCCUCUCUCAACAACGAGCCUUUGGGACUGUCUAUUCUAGCAAUCACCAACAGAGUCUCGUCCUCCUCGACCGAACCUGA